AUAAAGAAAAGAGUUAUUGCGUUUGAUUGGCUGUUUACACUGACCUCUUGGAUCGAAACUACAAAGACCGUUGUCGUAUCUCGUACUUUGUUGGGCUUUACGUCUUGCUGUCUGAUUUUUUUUCUUUGAAGAUCGCCCUGGGUCUUUCUUAUUUUCAGAAAACGUUGAGGAUAUUGCUUUGUUAUUUAUAGGCCUGAGUUUCCCUACUUUAAUUUACAUGGUUUUCGGUUUCUUUAUGGUAAAACCAUGUAUCAUAGCUUUAUAUAUGUGUCUGCUGCUUUAGCAAUCAUUCUAAUACCCUUUUUAAUAAUUCCACUUAAAUUCAAAUCACCCGUGCUUCGACAGCUUCGAAAUAUCCUUUCGGUUUUUUUACUUUGCUCUAUCAUCAUUACAUUCACCCCGGAAAAGGCAGUCAAUGGUGCUCCUAUAAACAAGUUUGGGCCUUCCAAGAUAGCGUAUUUAGGAUGCAGCUAUCAAAUCAUGCGACAGGCUAGUUUUUGCGAGCCUGAUCCUUUAGAUAAUAGUGGUGGUUCUUGUUAUUGUAAAAAUGCAAAUGCCAGAGCCACUAUAGCUCAUUGUUAUAGCACUAGUCAUGAUUCCCAAAUCAGUUCCUUUCUUCAACUUUGUCAGGACUCUUAUAAUAUUACGAUUACAAAACAGAUGUUUGAAGAUUCUUUGAAUGAAUAUAACAAAUACGCCAAACCUUUAAAUGAUGAUUAUAAUCGUUUACAUGAUAUAUUUGAUGCCCCUCUUAAAAUUGACGAUCACCAAACUUCCUUAUACAAACAGGCAUACGAUCAAUUUCUCGGUAAUUACGAUCGCUCAGUCGAUUAUGGCUUUUAUCUUUUAUGUUAUUGGCUUUGCAUUUUUGCCUUGGCUGCUAUUGGUAAUUGGUCAAAAAUCAUCUUCCCCAAAUUAGUCAAGAAGUUAACUGAUCCAUUGACUAAUUGGUAUCGUGCUAAUAUCACUUUACCUGCCACCUAUGGUAAAAGGAAAACUAAUGAAAAACCUCUUGCUAAAAUCCUCGAUAUGCUAGUUCCAACUAGAUUAGAAACUUUUUCAAUCAUUGGGUUUUUCCUUUUAACUUGUUUCUUUGUUAAACAUAAUAUAGGUUACGUUCAUGGCGAUCCGAUAUUUCUUUCUCAAGAACAAGCAUUACUUCGUUAUUAUGCGGUCAGAACAAGUAUUUUAAGUAGCGAAAUCAUUCCUCUAUUUAUUCUAUUCGGUGGUAGAAAUAAUAUCUUACAGUGGAUUACUAGGUGGGAUUAUUCCUGCUUCAUUGCUUUACAUAGAUGGGUUUCCCGUAUCAUUUUUGGGCUAGUGGUGAUUCAUGCCGCUUGUUAUUCUUUUUAUAUGCAUCCUUACUCUGUUAAAAUUCAACAAACCUAUCUUUAUUAUGGUGUUGCUGCUACUUUCGCCGGUGGGUUUAUUAUGAUUCAAGGUUUAUUGGUUUUGAGAAGAAAAUGGUACGAAGCCUUUUUAAUCAUUCAUAUUGUUCUUGCCUUUAUUUUCAUUGCUGGUGCUUAUGCUCAUGUGGCCGAUUUAUACUGUAUGUGGUUUUAUUAUUAUACCUUGGCUAUUUGGUUAUUAGAUCGGAUAAUUAGAUUAUAUCGCUUGAUGUCCUUUGGAUUCCCAAAGGCUAAAGUCAUCUUAUUAGCUGAUGAAUCAUUGAAAAUCAUUGUACCAAAACCUGACCAUUGGGAAGCUAUUCCUGGUGGCCAUGCAUUUAUUCAUUUCUUACUACCUUCGUGUUUUUGGCAAUCGCAUCCUUUCACUUAUACCGUCUCCGUGAAUCCAAAAGAAUCAAAUAUUAUUUUAUUCGUCAAAGUUAAAGAUGGGGUCACCAAGCGCCUUCAUAAAUAUCUUUGCAAACAUCCUGGCCGAACUACAGAAAUCAGAGUAGCAAUCGAAGGCUCCUAUGGUGAAGAAACUCCAGCUUUUAGAUCAGACUCGGCAGUAUUUGUUGCAGGUGGGAACGGGAUUCCCGGUAUAUAUGCCGAAGUUUAUGAUUACGCCAAACAUUCUCCUAAUAAUUCAAAACAGCAAUUGAAACUUGUCUGGGUUAUAAGGGAGUAUAAAUCUUUGUAUUGGUUUUAUGAAGAACUAUAUUCGCUCAAAAAUACAAAAAUUCAAACAACAGUUUAUGUCACCAAACCUGAACUCAAGUCUUGUUUGGAAGAUUUCCAUUUACGCUUCCCAAUAACCUCAAACGAUCAUGAAUUCUCUGAUGAGGAUGACGAUAACGAUUCUGAUGAUUCAAAUCACGCUUUGUUGGAUGACCACGAACAAGAUGCAGGCUUCAACAAGCCGCUCCUCUCAAAUGCCACUCAGUUGCAAGAUUAUAAUUCCACCAGUGAGAACUCUUUUGGCUUAACAAAUGCAAAAGACCUGGUUGCUAAAGUUGUUAGUCAAAUUAAAAAAGAACUCGCCCAUAUUGAUUUCAAAGAAGGCAGGCCUCAGAUGGAACAACUUGUCCGUCUUCACAUAAAAGAGUCUUUAGGGUCAGCUGCUUUUGUUACCUGCGGCCAUCCAGUAAUGGUGGACGAUUUAAGAGCUGCAGUUGUCAACAAUCUUGAUAAUGAUGAGAAAAAGAGAGUUGACUAUUACGAGCAAUUACAAGUUUGGGCUUAAAAACCCUUUUCAUUUCUUCCCUUUAUUUAUAGACUUUUUUACCAAACAACUAACGUGCAUAUGAUUAUAUAGUACCUAAUUUAAUGC